AUGGCGUCCCCUUCGCACGAUGGCGUCCGCUUCCAGCAGCUCGCCUCUGGGCGGAGCACGCCGAGAUCGUCCUUUGACUCUCACUCGGCGGCGCCCGACCCUCACGACGCCGAUGACGAGGCCUUCGCCCUCCUGUCGGCCGAUGCGUCUCUGAUGUCGGACGACGAUAUCGAGAUGGAGAAUCUCGAAUCCGUUGGCGACGACGACGACGACGACGAUGACGACUGUGGUUCAUCCGCUCCGGGGCCCAGCCGACCAGGUCAUGUCCGGGGACUAUCCGACAUCGAUCCACAGGUCCAGGAUGCGAUCGAUGCUGAACGGAGCCUUACGCCUCGAGAGGCCAUUCGCGCGUAUCCCAUGGCUGUUUUCUGGAGCCUGGUAGUGUCUCUGUGUGUCAUUAUGGAAGGCUACGACACGAUUCUGAUAGGUAGCUUCUUCGCCCAUCCCGAGUUCGCCAAGAAAUACGGCGACGGGCAAGACAGCGAAGGCCGGGACCAGCUGUCUGCUUUAUGGCAAGCUAUUCUGGGCAACAGCAGCACAGUCGGCUGCAUCUUUGGCGUCCUCGCCAACGGCUUCAUCGUCGAGAGGUUCGGCCAGAAGUUCGCCCUCAUCAGCUCCCUGUUCGUCCUCUCCGGGUGCAUCUUCGUCACCUUCUUCGCCACCAACAAGGUCAUGCUCAUGCUCGGCCAAAUCGCCUGCGGCCUGCCGUGGGGCGUCUUCGCCUCGUCGGCGCCGGCCUACGCGUCCGAGGUGCUGCCCCUGGCCCUGCGCGUCUACCUGACCACGUGGACCAACAUGUGCUUCAUCAUCGGCCAGUUGAUGUCCGCCGCCGUCCUCGCCGGCCUGCUCCCCCGGAGAGACGAGUGGUCUUUCCGCAUCCCGUUCGCCCUGCAAUGGUCGUGGCCGGUGCUUCUCAUCCCGUUGCUUGCCUUUGCCCCUGAGUCCCCGUGGCAUCUCGUCCGCAAUGGCCAGCUCGACAAGGCAGAAAAGGCGCUGUCCCGCCUGCAGAGACGGAAGGUCAAUAACAUGGAUGCCAAGGUCCGGUUGAAAGAAAUCAUCGAGACCGACCGCAUGGAGCAGAGGCACCAGACGGGCACCAGCUACUGGGACUGUUUCCGGGGCGUCGAGAGACGCCGGACGGAGAUCGCGUGCCUCGCCUUUGCCGGGCAGGUCCUCUCGGGCUCGAGCUUCGCCUACAACUCGGUCUACUUCUUCCAGCAAGCGGGUCUGAAGCCGCAGGACAACUACGACCUCAACGUGGGCGGGACGGCCUUGGCCUUGAUCGGAACCGUCGUCAACUGGGUGGCGUUCAUGCCGUACUUUGGUCGCCGUCGCAUCUAUCUCUGGGGCAUGCUCAGCAUGGCCACGAUCCUGUUCGUCAUCGGCAUCCUCGACAGGGUCGGACGCAUGCCGAACGCCGCCACCGAGCCGAUCGGCUGGGUGCAGGCCAGCCUCACCCUCGUCUGGACCUUCAUCUUCCAGCUGUCCGUCGGCCAGCUGGGGUGGGCGAUACCCGCGGAGGUCGGCUCGACGCGCCUGCGACAGAAGACCAUCUGCGUCGCGCGGUUCACGUACUACGUCAUGAGCCUGCUGGCCAGCACCAUCCAGCCGUACUUCAUCAACCCGAAUGCGUGGAACCUCAAGGGGACCACGGGGUUUGUCUGGGGCAGCUCGGCUUUUGCGACGUUUGUCUGGGCCUUUUUCCGAUUGCCCGAGACCAAAGGACGCACGUACGAGGAACUGGAUUAUCUCUUCCACAACGAAAUCCCUACCAGAGAGUUUGAAAGUACCGAGGUCGACAUCUUUGACGGGGAGGAGGAGAAGGUUUUCCCGUCGUCUGCAAAGUAA